AUGAAUAUUGAAAUUAUGUCAUUUGUAGGAAACUGUUUGGAACUGAAAGUCAUCAUGUUAAGUGAAAUAAACUGUAAAGACAAAUAUCGCCUAUUUUCUGUAAUAUACACGAAUCUAUAUGAGUACACCAUAUAUGAUGAAAAUAGGGCACUGUUCGCAAAGAGGAAAGUAGCUAUGGAGCACAUGACAAAUGACAACAAAUUCUGGCAAGAAUUUGGGGAAAGGAGAGGCCUAGGAACUGGAAAUCAGUAUGGACGUUUCUCAAAAAGGUAUCAGGCCCUGGAUGUCAAAAAUGUUCUUAUCUUUGCCCUAGCAAUUCCACGGUUGGAAAAUCACCUAAAACACAUCAGAGCAAACAAUGUUUAUAUAAAACAUUACGGUGCUGGUGAGAGGGCUCACUUGACGCUGCUGGGGUGGCUCGGUGACCAGGCUCUGAAGAACUUGGGAAGGGACGCCACAGAGGGAGCACUGCUCCCCAUCCCUGAGAAGCAAGGGAAUAAAGACGUUGCCUCCAUGCUGGGAAACGGCUCAGCGUUUGGGGACCUCAUCUUACUCGUCCAUCUGGGCCUCUGGAGCAUUCAUGGUGGAGGAUCAUGUAAACUACAGCUUUAUGUCAAGAGACAUUCAGCGUAUUCCAUCUCAGCAGGACAGUUCUUUAAGAUGGAGUGUCCUGUGGAGUACUGUGACAACAGACCGAACAUGACCUGGUGUAAGUCCAGCGGGAUGCACUGUUUACCUCUUGGGGACAGACGUCAGCUGCGCACGACCUGGGAAGAAAGGCGGAACGUUUCCGUUUUUAUUCUACAUUUUGACCCAGUGCUUCCUAGUGACAAUGGAUCAUACAGGUGCUCUGCAAGCUCAUCGCAUCAAGUUAUUCACAGCCACUUCAUAACCAUCUAUAUAACAGAACAGACACAAAAUAAUUCAGAACGCCUGCUAAUAAAUGCAACCAGUGGGUCAGGACCACCCUCCCGGACGGAGGCCGUGGACAUGCCCUGGCUGGCUUACUGUCUGCUUCCUUUGGGGGGAUUGCUCCUCAUCCUCAUCAUCUGUUUCUGGCUGGUCCAUGCCCUGAAAAGGCGUCAAGGGAAAGGAAAGAAGCCUUCUGAUGUAGCGGGAAGGGAACUCAACCUGGUUGAUGUUCCCCAGCCCUUUGAGAGUGAGCGAACUGAAGCAAGUCCCAGGCCAAAUGUCCACACACUGCCCUCAGAAGCAGAAAUUUAUAAUAACGACCCCUCGUUUAGGAUGCAGGAAGGGCUGGAAGUUUAUUCUAACCCACAAGUGGAGGGAAAUAAGCAGGGCAUUGUUUAUGCUUCCCUGAAUCAUUCUUUUAUUGGAAGGAACCCAAAGCAGGCAAGGAGUGUGCGAGAAGCCCCAACGGAAUACGCGUCCAUAUGCAAGAGAAGCUGACGGCAGCCCGAGAUGGCCAAAGAGCAGCUUGUGCUCCCUCUUUCUGGACUGAGCAGGAUGGUGACCCCACUCCCUCAGCCUGGGAACCCACCCACACGUCGAGGUGCACUUGUUGGUGCCUGACUCCUAAGGGUGCGUGGGACAUAUGACUAAAAGUUCUCCUGAAAACUUUGGGAAAGUUUUAUAUGAGAGCCUUAAACAACACAAUUUUCUCU